AUGGAUCACAUAUCGACACGGGCCUUGUCUGUCGUUGGCUCCCUCUUCCUCUUCUACCUGACUCACUCUACACGCCGUUAUCGCGCUUGGCUCUUGCUCCAUAUCUCGGGGUGGCAGGGUCAGCGUCUUGCAUCCAGCAAACCCGUUUCGACUGUCGUACCCAUAGGCCCGCCUACGUCGUGGUAUUCUAUCCGUAAUUACCACUCUUCUCGCUUCUCCCAUAUGUCCCGCCCCCUCCCCACCGGCUUCAUCAAGCACACCUCCAUGAGCCCCUCCAUGAGCCCCCCCUAUCCUUGCUUGCUCCUACUGCCGAGAGUUCGACAUCAUUUCGACGUCUACAAGCCGGCAUCCCAGUCUCGGACCCGGCGCUUACGGGCUGGGUUGGUGCAUCUCGGCUGCCUCGUCUCCCAUCUCGGGUGGCGCGUCUGUCCCUAA